CCGCUAUUUUGUUGUGGGUGCAGGCUCAUACUACACACACAUGGCGGAAAGUUUCGUAAGACUUUUUGCAAAAUAUCGUCACAAUUUUGUAGUUUGAGAGGCAAAAUCCGAAUUUUAAGAUGGAGAAAGCGACGGAGGAAGAUAAGGGUUUGUCGUUCUACUGGGAACUGGCAUCUACUAAUGAGCCAACGCGUUUGGAAGCUGCGAAAGAGCUGGUCGAAUAUUUGUCAGUCGCACAACAAACACACGUGCAAGAGGAUAUCAAUAGUGAAACAGACUUAUGCCCUGAACUGAAAUACAGCCUCAAGCGGCUCACCAAAGGACUUGCGUCGUCCAGGAAGGGAGCAAGACAGGGUUUUGCAAUGGUACUUGCCGAGAUCCUGCACCAUUUUGAUAUUAUUGCCCCAGAGGAUGUUAUAAAAAUGCUGGCAGAUAAUCUGCAGGUCACUGGAAGUGCUAAGAGUCAAGAGGAAAGGGAUGGGUUCAUUGGGCACAUUUUUGGAUUGAUGGCACUUGUCAGAGCUCGGAGUCUGGACGUGGUAAAAGAUGUGGAGGUAUGCUCUUGGUUAAAGCAAGUUGUAGAGACCCUUAAACAGCUGACUGAGAAAAAGAGCUAUCUGCGAGAGCUGGGGAUCAAGUCUAUUGCUGAUAUCAUAUCUAUGGCGUCAUUUGAGGUGUACAGUCAGUAUGUGGAGCCUACCAUCAGUGACUACGUCUACGAGGGAUGGGAGACGGCCACACCCUCAUCACUACUAAUUGCUUUGACUGUUGAGAAACACUUCAAGGGACAGAUGGAUCGCAAAAAGUUCAAGAAAAUCUGGUCCCAUCUACCUCUGUUAGAUGGUGCAAAUAUUACUCAGCUUGCUGAGGUCUUGCAGGAGUCAUCACUUGUUCAUCCUAAGGUGCAUUGUAUCUGGGAUGAAGUUCUGUCACAGGCCUGCCAUAAAAGUACAGAAGAGUUUAAAAAGUUCUGGAAAGCAGUUGUUGAUGAUGGCUUGUUUCAAUCAACUCAUGAAAGGAAGUAUCUAGGAUUUCAGCUAAUUGAAAAAAUCUUACCAAUGCUUAAAUCUGAACAGGUUGCAGCAGUUUUUGCCAAAAACUCAAUGAGGAGUUUUAUCAACAAUUUAUCCUCUGCUCAAACAUAUCUUCACAAAGCUGCCAGACACUUGGCAUCAUCAAUGCCAACCCUGUUAAAGGGGAAUGAUGACCCGGAGACCUCUGCUGAAGUAGUUAUACAUCUUUUAGGAAGUUAUGGAAACCUGUCUUUUGAUAAGCUCACCAAGACAAAGACUGUGGAGUCUCUUUUUGGAGUGUUAAAAGGUCCUGGGCUUGUCAAGCUUGUGUCUUGGCUGACGUCCUCAUUUAUCCAAGGGUCUAUCACAUAUCUAGCAUCUGAAAGAUCAUCUGGGGGUGAUGUGGAUCCUACUAGGAUUUCUAUCCUGAAUCAGCUUUUGUUAUUAGUCAAAGCCAAGAAACUGAGUGAAUCAGGAGCUUGGAUUGAGAAUAUAAUGAAAUUCCUGAUCGAUCAAAGUUACUUCACUGCUGUGAGAGGCAGCAAGAAAUUACAGGUCCCUCUGUCCGCCCAAGUCAGACAGACUUGUGAGCAGAGAUUCCUCAGCACUAUGAAAGAAUUAGACUCCCCUUCACCUGCAAGCCAUGGUCAAGCCAAGACUUCCGGCCGAGAUGAGGAAGUGCAUGUGAUGUUCACUAUUGUCAAACACGCACAGGGCCUUCUUGCAGAUGACGACUUCACUGUCAUUGCAGAAUCCUGGUCAGAGAUUAGCCAGAAGUCAUUCGAUAGUGCAAUGAAAAUUAUAUCUAAAAUCCACAAAAAGCAAUCAAAGGAGAGUACUGCCAGUACAGAGGACAGAGCAUUUGAGCUUCUCCUCUGUCACAUCACACUUCAACUCUUCAGUGAUCCGGACCAGGCUUCUGAAAUCCUCAAGGAAGUCCGAGCUUGCCACAAAAACCGCCAAGAGACUGACACAAGUAGAGAUGAGCCACACUGGGUGGAGGUGUUGACUGAGAUUCUCCUCAGCCUUCUCACACGCCCAUCGGGGCUUUUGCGUCACGUGGUUGACAGAGUGUUUGUUGCCAUUGCACCACACCUGACAAAGGAUGCGAUGGGAAUAGUGCUGCAGGCCAUCGACCCAAAGAGUCUGGGUGGAGAGGAUGAUGAAGUGCUGGAGAUAGCAGAAGACUCAGAUGACGAAGACAUGGCUGCAGAUGAUGGUGAUGAGGAUAAUGACAAAAAACCUUGUAAAGAGACCAAGGAAGAUGAAAGUGACUCCGAAGAUGAGAGUGAUGAUGAUGAUGAUGAAGGUGAUGAUGAUGCAGUCGAUGAGGCAUUUCGAGCAGAGAUCAAAGCUGCGCUGGGUUCAGCUGCCGCUGACACUGACAGUGAGGAGUCUAGUGGUGAGGAGCUAGAUGAUGAGGCCAUGAUGCAGCUUGAUGAUGCACUUUCCGCCGUGUUCAAGACCAGAGUGCAGGCCAACAAGGAAAAGAAAGACAAAAAAGAUACAGCAAAAACGAUUCUACAUUUCAAGCUAAGGGUCUUAGAUAUGAUCGAAAUCUUUAUCAAGAAGCAGUCUCACAACCCACUAGUGUUGGAUCUGGUGGAACCGUUACUGUCGCUUGCCUGGUCAACUCUCGGUACAAAGGAUUAUCAGACUCUUGGAGAACGGGCUCAGGCCAUCUACCGGAACAAACUCUGCUCCAUAAGAGAGCACCCCUCAGUGGACCAGCUAAACAGCGAAGACCUUCAUGACAGGAUAGGCAUCCUUGUACAGAAAGCCAUGAAAGCUCCAUCGUUGAAUAUCGUAUCGCUGAUAGCCCGCGGGUGCAUGCUGAUUAUUCGUGUAUUACGAGGCAGCGUUGAAAAACCUGCCGAGGUCCCGCCCAAGAAACGGAAGAAGAAAGAGGAAGUUCGUCCUUGUAACGAUCACGGCGGACAGCUUGAUGUCCCUCGCGUGGCAAAGGUUUUUGAGGAGGCGCUGAAAGAUUUCAUGGAGAAAAGGAGCACCCAUCUGCAUCCUGUGUUGUUCACAGAACUCAUCAACCGUUUUCCGUUCGUGGCAUGGGAGCUAGCGCCGCAGCUGAUACGAUCUCUGCAGAGUGCUGUAAACAACUUCAGAAAGACUCAAGCAUGCGCAAUGCUGACACAACUGCUGAGCCAUAAGUGUCCAUCGUAUGAUAAGCACUUGGAGACUAACGCCCAAGUCUUCCAAGAUACCUUAGCAGCGAUCAUCUCGGGCAGCGCGACCGCGGAGACGCAGAUGAAGGCGAAACACUUUAGGGAGGUGCUUAAACUGACGACAAAACUAAUCAAAGAAACCAGUGGCGAGCCUCAGCUUUUGGAUCAUAAACGCUUGAAAGACGCCCUGCAGACCGCAUUGUCCGGGCCUCUGGCGACGAGAUCUAACGACAUCAAAUCCACGUGUGUUCGUCUCGUAUCAACUCUAUCAGGUACCAAAGAAACACCGAAGAAAAAGGAAAAGAAAACUCAAAAGAAAGAAAAACAGACAAACGGCAAGACAAACGAACAAAUUGAAGCAAAUGAACCACGGAAGAAGAAGAAGAAAAAUAAAUAACUUGUAGAAUUUUUUCCUAGUAGACUCUUAACACGGAAGUUGUAAUUCGCAAAAUUCAUACUAUAAAAGUAUAAUACAUACGCUA